GACAUAGACACCCGGUGCCGUACACGUCCAAGCUGCAUAAUGGUCUUUCUGUAUUGCUGAGCUCUGUGCCUCCUGUCUCUCUUGGUGCUGCCUCUUCUGACUGAGCUCAGUGGGCAGUGCACUAUUUUCUCAGCCACCUGCUGAUCUGCUUCACACCAUGGGAAGACGGGAUAAUGUUAUUUUUUCUGUGUGAAACACUUGUUGUGUAAUACAAUGUAAGCCUAAUCAAUCAAGUCAAUCAAAUAAGUUGGUAGAAAAUUAUUACUCUUCUUAAAUUUCACUUGGGCACCAAAAUACAACCAUGAGAUUAAAAAAUGUCUAGAUACUGUGGAAAUGAUAACCCUAACCACAGCUGGAGCUUAAACUGAUCAAUUCUUUAAUCUAUGAAUCCCUCCAUUGAUUACAUUUGAAAAGGUUCCUCAUUACACAAAAUAUGUGCCUAAAACCAUCAAUUCCUUUUGUAAAAACUCUUGUAAAUGCAUCUGAUUCAAUUAUAUAUCUUCUUUAGGCAAAUAUUCAAUCAGCUGUAAAUCGCCUUAAAUAUGGUAUUUAAAUGAUCAUGUAUUUAAAGCCAGUAUAGUUUUUAAGGUUACAGGAACCCAAUUGUGACUCUGUUUAUACUCCUGCUUCAACUUGAAAAGGCAAAAUUGAGACAGCUUACCAAAAUGGAACGGGUUUCCUUAACGCUUUUAUUUCAUGUUACUUCUGUAAUUUCAAUUCCGGAACUGUUCAAUAGAAUCUAAGCAGCGAAAUCUAUUCAGAAAAAAAUAAAGUAAGGGAAAAACGUCUUCCUGAAGUUCACUUGGGCCCCAAAAUGCAGCCACAUGGAACACAAAUCUCUUCGUACUAUGGCUAACUCUAACCCUAGCAGGAGUUUAAACCAAGCGGUUCUGCAAUCUGUAUAUGCAGCCCACCAUUCAUCAAAUUUGAAAAAAAUCCUUACUACACAUAAUAUGUACCUUAAACCAUCAAAUCCAUUCCUUAAAAUGAAAAUUAAUCUGAUUAAAUAAUGGAUCGUAUUGAAAAGACCACGUAUUUCAGGCCAGUCAAGGGUUAGGGUUACAAGAUUCAUCAAAUUGUGACUCUGUUUAUACUUCUAGUUCCACUUGAAAUCACAAAAUUAAGAUACUUAAGAAUUAAGGUAAGUUUACCAGACUGAAAGGUUUUCACUUGAGGUUUUCUGCAGAAUCAUGUUGUUUUGGCUAAGCUACUAGUGCGUUCAGAGUAACUAUUCAACUUUUACUUCACUCAUCUUAGUGGUUGCAUUUUAAAUGACUAAAUUAAGAUAAUUCUCUAAAUAGAAUCCAUUCAAUCACAGGACACAGACACAUUUCCACACAAUUUAAAGACUAAGGUAGGAGAAAACUGUCACAAACACAGAACAUCAAAACAACAUAAAAGUCCAAAAUCAAGACCAGAUCUUAAGCUAGCUACCAUACCACUGUGCAGUCCCUGUAGAGUACAGUAAAAUAAAAAAAUAUAUAACUUUCAAGAGGAACCUUGAAGUUCUCCUUAAGAUAUAAAUGUGCUUUUACAUGAUGAUGAAGUUAUUUAAAGAAUCGUAAUGCAUUUUAUUGGUUCUUCCCCUAAUUUGUGGAAACAGUUACCAGAAAUCUAAAUGUGCAUCCUGUUUUGCUGCACAACAUUACAGUAACUAUCAAAUUUCCAGUACCUUCUCUGAACCACAAGGGCAACCCACCACUAAAUGUGUCUUUGUGCAUUUGCAAGAAAAGUGAAGAAAGCUUGGGAGGUAAUGUUUAAAUGAUCAAUAUCUAUAUUUGAAAGCUGUGUUUGUGCAUGCUUCAGGUGCAAUAUAGUUAAUAUAUUUGACUUUGAUCAGCCUGUGACAAAAAUAACAAACACUGAAGUGGAGAAUAGUAGCAAGAGUCCUUAAAAAGGUUUGCCACAAUGGGAGUUCUGUUCAUCAAACUAUGCAAACUGUUCCUUGUGUGCCUUUUCACAGGUUACAGUGCAAUAUGUGGGAGGCACAACUGUCACCUUUGUGACGAAAGGAGUAUUUGUGAUUGCUCUGCUGAAGAACUGCUGCAAGUACCUAAUUUGCCCAUGAAGAACAUUUUAGUUCUCAAUCUUUCUUUUAAUAACAUUGAAAUUGUCACCGAAACAGACUUCAAAGUUUGGACAGAGCUCAAAGCAUUGAGCUUACAGAACAACAAGAUUCACUCAAUUCAUGAAAAAGCUUUCAGAUUUCCAAAAAAGCUGGAAUACUUGGACUUGUCCUACAACCAACUGGGCAAUUUAUCACCAUCAUGGUUUAAUGAUCUGGUCUUAUUACAGCACCUGAACAUUUUGGGAAAUAUCUACAGAACAUUAGGUCAAGGCUUUAUUUUCCAGUCAUUAGGUGGGCUAAAGAGCCUGAAAUUUGGAAAUCCAUCUUUCAAAGCUAUAUCUAAUAAAGACUUUGUUGGGAUCCAGAAGCUUGAUGAUAUGGAGUUACAUGGCAGUCACCUGAAGGAAUAUGAAAAGGGCAGCUUCAGGCAUAUAAAACAUAUUAGCCACGCUAUUUUGAGCAUCCAUGGCCCAUUCGAGAAUGAUGGAGUUUUAAUACGAAAAAUGUUGAAGGAUCUUUCAAACUGUACAACUCACUUGGAAUUGAAAGAUAUAGAGUUAACCCUUCCAAAUUCAGUACAGUCAUUUUCUGAAAUUUGUCACGCAGGGGUGAAAAAGUUAACAUUCAGAAAUGUCUCUUUGUCAGACGAAGCUGUAGAUGACUUCAUUACAGUCACAAUUAACUCAGGGCUGUCUUAUUUAGGUAUAGAGGAUUCUCGGCUGUCCGGUAAGGGUGCCUGGAAAAAAGCUAGUAAAAUUAAACCUGCUCUAAAGGCUCUUAAACUAGAAGCUGUGAAUAUAAAAAAUUUAGAAAUUACAAAUUUCUAUGCAUUCACUUCUUUUCUUGAUUUCCGGAAUUAUCUGCAUUCUCUGAAAAGAGUGACUAUCAUUGACAGCAAAGUCUUUUUGAUACCCUGCCUAACAUCCCAGAGUUUUCAAAGUCUCGAAUAUUUGGACCUCAGUGGAAAUCUGCUCACUGAUUAUGCCAUGAAAGAAAGUGCAUGUCAUGGAAAUGGGACAUGGAAAAACCUUCAAUAUUUAAAUUUGAGUAAAAACUCUUUGAAGUUUCUAGGACAAUUGAGUCAAUUACUCACUAAUCUCAACAAGCUUGUUUCUCUAGACAUAAGCCAAAAUACAUUUUUUGACGUGCCUGAGAGCUGUAAUUGGCCUCCAAAUCUCCAAUAUUUAAACCUUUCUACAUCCAAAAUUCAACUAUUAACACCCUCUAUUCCACAGAGUUUACACAUUCUGGAUUUAAGCAACAAUGAUCUGACUGUCUUCACAGUUAAAUUACCUUUGCUCAAAGAGCUCUAUGUGUCAGGCAACAAGUUCAUGCAAAUGCCUGAUGGAAGACUGGUUCCAAGCCUUGAAGUGCUCUCAAUUACAGGAAACAAACUCAACACACUUAAUAUGAAAAAUAUAAAAGCCUUUGAGAAACUUGCACUUUUGGAGGCUGGCAAUAACAAAUAUGUAUGCUCUUGUGAAUUUGUGCCAUUCAUGCAAAAGGACAUUACACACAUGGUGAAACUGAAUGACAGCCGUCAGGACUAUGUAUGUGACUCACCUUCUGUGAUGAAAGGACUGCUGGUCUGGGAUAUACAUCAUUCAGUCUUUGAAUGUCAUAUGAUGAUAUCUUUGGCAGUAAUGUGCACAGGCAUUCUCUUUGUGUUUUUUAUUAUUGUGAUCCUUUGCUACAAAUUUCAUGUACUUUGGUACCUAAGAAUGACAUGGGCAUGGAUUCAGGCUAAAAGAAAGCCCACCACCAGAGUCAAUAAUAUUUACUAUGAUGCCUUCAUUUCAUACAGCGAAAGAGAUUCUGAGUGGGUGGAGAACUACUUGGUCAAUGAAUUAGAAAGUACACAACCACCUUUUAGACUUUGCCUUCACAAACGUGACUUUCUUCCAGGAAAAUGGAUCAUGGACAAUAUAAUCAACUCUAUAGAGCAAAGCCAGAAGACUCUUUUUGUUCUUUCCAAGCACUUUGUCAGUAGUGAGUGGUGCAGGUACGAGUUGGAUUUCUCCCACUUCCGACUUUUUGAUGAGAACAAUGACACAGCCAUAUUAAUUCUAUUGGAACCAAUCCCAAAGGAAACCAUUCCAAAGAGAUUCUGCAAGCUGCGCAAACUCAUGAACUCUCAAACAUAUCUGGAAUGGCCUGAAGAUGAGGCACUACAACCCAUAUUCUGGCACAACCUUAAAUUAGCAAUAAAAAGAGAGGAAUUCAAUCUACGCUAACUUUAAAAUGAAAUAUUUUCUUUAACAUUACAAAGAACAAAAAUACAGUUUUAUUAUGAACAUUCAAGGUAAAGAGUGUUAUAUACAGUGAUUCUAUAUAAAUGCAUACAUACAUUUUACUGUUUCUCCUUUUAGGCCUACAGAUUUGCAAAAUACAAAUCUUGUUGAAUAAAUCUAAGCUCAGAAUCAUACAUUUUUAAAUGUUACUAUCAUCUUAUUAUUUCAUUUUAUCAUGAGUGAACCGUUAUUUAACAAUUUAAGAUUUAAUUCCUCAAAGUUUGGGAUAUUAUACUAUACAGGUUACUUGUACAUUAAUGUCUUUCUUUGCUCCUCUGUUAAUGUAGUGACAGGGUAUUCAACUCACGUUUCCCAUCUGUUCCAUUUCAGUAUUUUAAUACAACUGAUCCCUUAAUUGUUAUGCUGUAUUGAUUUAGUGGAAAUGAUCAAUUAAAUAAUUAAGGAGCCCAUUGUAACAAAAUGGGAGGGCCACACUAUGAAAAGCCCUAGUGUAGAGAGUUAGACAUACCUGCUCUGAACAUUUCCCAGCAGGCUUUGUAGACAAGUUGCAUAUUAUACUGAAUUCUUGGAGUAAAUGUCCAAAUAAACAGAGAAGACCUUUCCUUAACUAAUAAUUCCAAACAUAGAAUGUUUCACCCCAGCUCACAAUUCGCAAUACUUAUUGAGAUUGACAAUCAUUCAUUUUCAGAUCUUGCAUUUUUUGUAACAUUAAUUGUUGCUAUCAGCAGUUUUUGUUGUAUUUACAGCAAU